AUGCCUUCACGGUCGCCUACACCGAGAGGUGAUGCUCGAUCACAGAGUCGGAGCCCCAGAGCUUCGCGCUCGCUCUCACGAUCACCCCGUCGUUCAAUCUCUCCUCGACCUUCACCAAGCCCAGCUCGUCGCAGCAGAACACGCACACGCACACGCACACGCAGCCCCGCCGCUCACUCGCGUAGUCGCAGUCAUUCCUAUCGCGCACGCAGCACAUCUCGCGGCCGCGAUCGCAGCCCCUCACCUCCAAUGCCUCGAAGCUCGAAAAUUGUAAUCGAGAAACUCACCAAAAAUGUCACACCAGCCCAUCUCUCCGAAAUCUUCAGCUCCUACGGCGCAAUCGCGGACCUCGACAUGCCGCUAAACAAAUCCUUCAACACAAACCGCGGAACGGCGUAUAUCCUCUACAACAGCCCCGCAGCAGCCGAAAGCGCUAUAGCACACAUGCAUGAAGGCCAGCUCGACGGCGCGAAGAUUGGCGUCAGCAUUGUGUUGCCCAGGAGAAGGUUUAGUAGAUCUCCACCUGCUAGACGUCCUCCGCCGAAUAGAUUCGGAGAGCCGCAUCGUUAUAGGGAUAUGGCUGCUGCUGGUGGCGGAAGAGGCGGUGGCGGUGGUGGAAGAAGAGGUGGCAGAAGAGGUGGCGGCGGGGAUGAGGGUGACACCUAUCGUCCUAGUCCUGCUGGUAGAGACGCACCGCCGCCGAGAAACAGAGACUACAGCCCGAGGAGCAGAAGCCCUAGUCGUAGGAGCAGGAGCCCAAGUCGCAGUAGAAGUGUGACGCGCAGCCCUCCACCUAGAAGACGGGGAGGAAGCCCUAGAGGAGGCGGCGGAGGUGGCAGAGGUGGCAGGCGUAGAAGUCCUAGCUACAGCAGCUAUGGCUCGCGCAGUCGCAGCAGAAGCAGAGAUCGCAAACGAUGA